AACCUUCCUAAUAAUGUAUGGCGAUUCAGUUGAGGUAAUCGAAUUAUUCUGAGUGAUUUCAAGGGAAAGCUCAAUUUUUUUACCCUCAAACAACCAGGUCUAGCAAAGGAGAGAGACAAGAUCUGCAACUUCCACACACCACAGGAUGCAGCCUCCCGUGGUUGGACAUCUUCUGUGGUCUGAAGGCCCUGUAGAUUGCUUUCAUGAUAGAGCAAGGUUGGAGCAGCAUGGUCAAGGUAAAGCAAGGACUGUAUGGUGUGCGGGAAGGCUGCAGCUAGCCAUGAACCUUGUGGACCAUGUAGGUUGCUACCAAUGGGAAAAGGAGAAGAAAGAAGGCUUACAUGGUGGGUUAAGUAGCAUGCAAAAGAGCAUCGAACGAUACUCUAUGUACACAAAAGGAAUUCCAACUCACAAGCUUGAAAUGGAACAACACAUCCAGCACAUGAGGAUUGAAACAGAAAACAUGGUUAAGAAGAUUGAGGUCCUUGAAGUUUCUAAGAGGAAGUUGUUGGGCCAAGGAUUGGGCUCAUGUUCUGUUGAGGAACUUCAAGAGAUUGAUAGCCAGCUAGAACAAAGCUUGAAGAACAUCAGGGCAAGAGAGGCCCAGUUACAUGAGGAGCAAAUACAGGAACUAAAAGCAAAGGAGAGAAAGUUGUUAAAAGAAAAUGUGAAAUUAUGUGAAAAGUGUGGUGGAAGAAAAGUCAUGGCAACAACCAACCCAACAUAGGAAGCCAUUAAACAAUUGCACUCAAAAUAAGAGUCCUCGGAGGUUGAGACAGAAUUGUUCAUCGGACUGCCACAAAGCCAUUAGUAACAACUACCUAAAUUACUUUAUGGUUGAAAUUAUUGUGUUGCCCCAAAUAAUGCUGUAUGAUCAGUGUAUGUGGCUGGUUAGUACACUACUUUUCUAUUUAAUAUUUUCUAGUUUAACUAUAUAUAUGAUCUAAAUGUAACUAUAGUAUAAGGGUAUUUCAGAGAUCUUAAAAGGCAAGUUUGUUUAAACAAAUUCUUCACUCACAAAUUCAAGAUUUUGUUGGAGGAAAAUUGGACAAUUGGAUUUUCAAAUGAACUUAGUAAGUUAUG